AUGGCUCACCUCCCACCCUCAACCGCCAUAUUUUCGCCCUCAAUAGCUCGCAUCGCCGCCUCCACCGCCAAAGAUUGGAGUUACGUCGACAACUGGCUCUCCUCGAAAUACCAGGGCCGCUCAGUCCCUGCUUUCGAGCGCAACCCUGAGACGCUAAAAGCCCUCCUUGUGCUGGCCAACUCCAACGAGACAGCCGAUGAUGAGCGCGAGCUAGUCGCCCGGGCCGAGCUUGGCGCCAUCCAAGAAUCCGCCGCCGCGCGGGACCAGUCCGAACUCAACUCAGACCUAUCGACCUCCGCCACCGCCCGAGAGAGGAUGCUCGGCGCCGUCCAAGAUCACCUUACCCGGGAAGGACGCACCGCUCUCAACUCCAUGGCCACAUUAUCAUGUGAGCUUUCAGUCGCCUAUCCGGAUGCCGAAACCCUCGGCCGCUCAAUGAUCGGACUACACGCGGAAGCGUCGGAGCUGGAGCAGAUGAGAGUCCGCGUGCAAAUCCUUCAAAAGUACAUUGAGCAAGAGUCGGCCGCGGUCGACGAGUUGCUACGGACCUUGCGCAGCGAUGAUUACAAGCCCGCCAACGAACUGGCCCGCCAGAACCUAGAGAUGCAAAGGAGGGUCAAAGCCAUGGCUGCGCGAAUCCCUGAGCUCAGGGACCGCAAGUCCAAUCUCAAUCAACAUCCCGUUGCUUCUCAUCCCACGAUCGAGCAGAUAGCGCAGGAAGAAGCAGAUUAUCUUGGCCUCUUGGCCCAAAAGAAGGGAUUAGACGAAGAAGUUGACCAAUUCUCUGGCCUUCCUGACGAUGUGAAGUCGGCCAGGGCCGAACUCGAGCAUCUACGCGCAGAAGUUCACACCAUCACACACCACCGUGACGCCAUCUUUGAGGGUCUCGUUGAGCGUGAAAGUCCUCACAAGGGCCGUUGA